AUGUGAGAGAAGCAAUCCUGCGGAAUAUAUUAACAACUUCUCCACAUCUUGAUUCUUGAAACACUAUGUACCCAUGACUCAGGAUACAUGGCACAUGUUUUAGUUGGUGGAGAACCUCUUAAACUGAAACAUUUUGAAAUAAAAGGUAAAUUGUUCUAAUAUACGAUCGAUUUAUUUAUGAGUUUGACCUUGUAUCGUUCACCUACAAGGGUCCAGCAAUAGAUUUACGUCUAGGUCAUCUUCCAAAAAUGAAAGAACUUGAUAUUUGCCAAGGAGCUGAAGGGUUACAAAAUAAUAUAUUCAGCCAGAUCGCAUCUUGUGUUUCAUACAUCCAAGUUCUUUCCCUCAACAUAUUACAGACGGAACGUUUGAUGCUUAAUUCCAUUCCUGAACUACCAAAUGUGAAGAAAUUGAGGCUCGCAAUUGGAGCAUAUAAUGAUAACUGCUUGCUAUGUUUCACUUACAUAGCGAAUGCAUGUCCAUCUUUGGAGACCUUCACGAUUCAGCUACUCUGGGGGUCACCCAUCUGGAGGAAGAGGAAAGCACGGUGUUACUCCACUCCUAGUCGUCCCUAUAACAACCUAUGUGUACUUGAACUCAUGGGGUAUUAUGGACGGAUGAGUGAGUUAGAACUAGUCAAUCAUAUAAUCGAAAACGCUGCUGCACUGAAGCAAAUCGUGAUUGAUCCUCGCUGCCAAGGUCGGAUUGGAAAUACACCUGUAAAAAAGUUGCAGAAGAACUUGAAGAUUGAGGAAACUGCUCGAACUUACGCCCAGAGCCAGCUCAAAUCAGUAACACCUCAGGGAGUUAAAUUGGUGAUUCUCUGACUUGCCUUUGAACUCGCAAGCAGUGUUUGUCGUUUAUGUAUGUGAAAUUCAGAUAAACUACCAUAGGGUUUUAAUUAAUAACAAGGCAUAUCUUCUUCCUUUUGUUUAAUUAUAAA